UACAAGCAUAAACAUCUUAAUACCAUCACCAUAUGACUCAGAUCAUAAAGAUUUGAAGAAGUGGAAAAUAAUUGGUCCUACCAUGGCAGCAGCUCUGAUCACAAUCUGCCUUGGCAUUUUCUACCUACGUAGGUGGAGGAAAGCAACUGAAGUUCAAGACAAUCGGAGAAGCAGAGGGGAGAAUGAACUUGGCGACUUAGAGUCCUUUGAUAGGCAUACCACUGUUAAUGAGCUUAAAAAUGAUGUAAAGAAGGGGAAUUUGAAAAUUUUCAACUACGAAUCAAUUGCGGAAGCAACAAGCAGGUUCUCACCAGAAAACUUGCUAGGCAAAGGAGGCUUUGGACCUGUAUAUAAGGGAUUAUUGCCAAGGGGAGAAGAAAUAGCCAUAAAAAGACUUUCCAGAGGUUCGGCACAAGGAGUAAUUGAGUUUAAAAAUGAACUCAUUGUGAUAUCUGAACUCCAGCACGUGAAUCUUGUUCAGCUGUUAGGUUGCUGCAUUCACAGAGAAGAGAGGAUGUUAAUCUAUGAGUUCAUGCCCAACAAAAGCUUAGACUUCUUUCUAUUUGAUUCUACUCGCAGCAAGUUGCUAGAUUGGAAAAGGCGUUUCAACAUAAUUGAGGGGAUCUCUCAAGGAUUGCUCUAUCUCCAUAAAUACUCAAGGCUAAAAGUAGUUCAUAGAGAUCUGAAGGCUAGCAAUAUUCUUCUUGAUGGCAAUAUGAAUCCUAAAAUUGCAGAUUUUGGUAUGGCCAAGAUUUUUACACAAGAAUCAAAUGUACAAACCAAUCGGAUUGUAGGGACAUAUGGAUACAUGUCACCCGAGUAUGCCAUGGAAGGAAUUUUCUCUACUAAAUCAGAUGUCUAUAGUUUUGGGGUUUUGCUACUUGAAAUCAUAAGUGGCAGAAGAAAUAACAGUUUCUACAAUUCCCAAGGUCCACUAAAUCUAGUAGGGCAUGCUUGGGAACAAUGGAAAGAAGGUCAAGUUCUAGACAUGGUUGAUCCAACGUUAAGAGACCAAUGUGAUCCAGAUCAAGUAUUAAGAUGUGUCCACAUUGGACUUUUAUGUGUCGAAGAAAAUGCAGAAGAUCGUCCAGCUUUGUCAGAUGUUAUAGCCUUGUUGGCAAGUGAAACUGCAUCAAUUCCUUUCCCAACGAGACCAGCAUUUUAUAGUGGAAGAAAGCUAAAUAAGAAAUAUCAUCCUGAUGAUUUUCAGACUCAUUCAGUGAAUGGCCUGUCUAUUUCAACCAUAAAAGCAAGAUAA